AUGAAGAAUUACAGUAUAUUGACGAGUUUCUUCUUACUGUCAAUUGUCAGCGCUGGCAGCUCGGCAAUGCGAAAAGAAUACAUCGCCAUUGGCGACGAUUAUGUUUACACUUGUCGUUCCAAGCCAAAUUCAAGGAUGCUAAGAAUCAGCGAUUCCAGUGGGUACACUUUCGUCAUGGUCCGGAACGAAGAACCUCAAAAAAUCCAAGGAAGCUGGUUAGUCGACAGUUUUUCCUCGCUUUCAGAAACGCUUCAAUUAUCCCUCCGACUCACGAAUUUUCGCGCCGAAAACAGCACUAGAAUCAACUGCGGCGAUGAGCGCGAAGAUGGUCCUCGUCCAGUCCAAAUCCUCCCAUACAAAGCGCCAAAGAUGACAUUGACUGUAAAUCAGGACGUUUUAGACGUCGACGAGCUGAUACAAGUCACGUGCUCUGCUAAUGGUGGUGUUCCAGCAGUUUCGUUCUCCUGGAUUGACAGUUUGGGUCGACGUUACAGUGCGUCGCGGAAGAAAGACAAUGUCAGUCAAAGCUGCGAUUCGGCAAAGACGAAGUGCUCUUCGACCGUCUCGGUCCGAGCGAGCGCGGAUUUGGACGGAGAAGUGAUCCGCUGCGAAGUAAAUCAUGGAGGAAGGACGAUUCAGGAAUCGACGAAUCCACUCAAGAUAAACUACGCGCCCAACUCGGCCUCGAUCAACCUGGCUUAUCCGCUCCAGGACGGACAGGAGUCGCUAUCGGCUAAAUGUGUUUUCAAUGGUCGCCCGCUCCCCGAAACUAUUACUUAUUUGAUUCAAGACGAUCUUCAAUCCCCACAGAGGGAAAUAAGACCGUCAAACUACUCAUUGUCUCUCGCGGACUCUGGAAAGCUCCUCCGCUGCAAAGUCUCCAACAACCUUGGAUCGACAAUUUCCGAAGCUGUCGAGCUUCAAGUUUCUCCCGCUCCAACUACACUGCCACAUACCUAUGCGAGGAGAGAAACUACUGUCGCCAUGCAGUCCGAUCAAGCGCCUUUUACGAAAGAUAUUCAGACCACAAUUUCACCCUAUCAAAAUUUGGCCGGAGUUGCAAAUGGAGGGAAUUCCACGCGAUCGGCAGAAUUAGCGGAAGAACAGAAAGGACUGAGGGCGGCUUCGAAUGUGGCGAUUGCAUGUGUUACGAUAGCGUUUUUACUGACGAUUCUGAUUGGUGGUAUUCUUGUUAAAAGGAGGCUACAUCGGAAAUCGGAAAGCUGUGGAACAGACAUCACAACUUACGAUGAAACUGUAUCAAGUCUGAAAGACCAUGAACUAGAAUCCAAGUUCAAGAAAGAGUACUUCAUGUAA